AUGGAGACGUGUGAUCCGUCGGUGAACGGAUUUGAUGAUUCGUCAGAUCGGAGUGAAAGCAGCCAUUUUGAGCCACAACAACAUAAUUAUUCUAAUUAUGAAAAUCCCAAGGAUUUGACAGGAUUAAAUCUCAGCAUUGGCAGAAAUAAAGAUGAUUCUUGUGUAGAAAAUAAAGACUUCCGGUUUCCAAUGGAAGCAAGACAUCAUAAUUCAGUUCAGUUUGAUGAGUUCCCCAAUCGUGAUUUUGGAUUAACCAAAUCAAAAACAUUCAAUUUUGUGACAGAUAUGUCUGGGUUUCAUCUAGACAGAUCAAAUGAAGCUGAACCAUCACCAGAUUCUCUAUCACUGUGUAUAUCUAGAGAGCUAGUUUAUAAGGACAGUAUUUAUAAUUUAAGUCGAACAAGGAGACAGAAAGUGCACGGACUUGUUGAACGAGAGUUGAAAGAAUAUGGGUUAUCAAAAAAUUACAACAUCAUGAAGGAAUUAAAUCUUGGUGGAGAGCAUAAUAUUAGAGAUAAUCAUAUUGGAUUAGGACUCGAGAGACUUCCAAAUGUAAGUUUAUUAUCGAAUUCUCGAAUAUUAGAAUCUAAUGACUUCCGGAAUGCUGCUAUCCAACGCCGAAGUCCUCAAAGCAUGGAAUCAAUGGCUUUUGAUGGUAUGCGACGCUCGCAUUUACUUAACCAAAUGGAUUUAUCUGCGCAAAAUCUUACAUCACAAUUUCCUCAUCGACAUUCCACCAGUCAUGUUCAGCAAUCACAGCAACAACAUCAGCAACAACAACAAACGACUUCGUUUACUAUUGAUGCCAUUCUAGGGAAAAAUAAUCAACGAGAUAAACAUCAGAGAAGUCAGCAGUCAUUUAGGAAAGCCAACAGGCAAGAAUAGCUUAAAACUGGUACUGUAUCAGCUUGUUCACAUGUCAACGACAACAUGAACGUAAAUUCUGGGAAAACUAAGCGAGUUCGGACAAUAUUUACUGCUGAACAGUUGGAACGACUUGAAGGUGAAUUUGCAAGAACUCAAUAUAUGGUUGGACCAGAAAGAUUAUACUUAGCUCAUUCCUUGAGACUCACUGAAGCCCAGGUGAAGGUUUGGUUUCAAAAUCGGAGGAUAAAGUGGCGAAAAGUUCAUCAUGAACAGCAAAGUCAGAGAGUAAAUGAAUUAAGACAGCUUUCGUUGUCAUCUUUAGAAGAUGAAGACUGCAAAGAACCUGAAGAAAGUGGUGAAUGA